AGUCCAGAUGCCUCCUUAGCUAGGAAUGUUAGACAUUUCCUAGUUAUCUACGCGAGUUGCCGUAGUUAUCUGAUGGACCAAUGGCAAUGACCUAAGCAUGGGUCCUGAGCUCUCAUAGGUUCAAAAAUAAGAUUUUCACAAGAGGAAUCUGAGUGAAAGAGAGUGAGGCGGGUGCAGUAAGGGCAGUUUAGUUGUUGUAAGGGCAGUUUAGCUACUUGCUCACCUUUCGUUCUGACCACAGGUUUUCUUUGUCACAGGUAGGAACUAUUACUAUCAUUAUUUGUCUGACAGCUCUUUUGAGAAAGGAUUGUAGCUUAUAGUGUGUAUAUUAGUGUCCAUAUUAUCAUAUUACUGAUUGUGAGUGACUUUAGAGUGGUUUCUGUCUUUUGGGCAGGCAACCUUUAUGAAUUUCAGAAUGUUAUGUUGUGGGCUAAGUUCAAGUUCAAGUUAUAUUGUCACAUACACAAGUACAGUGAAAUGCUUAACUUGCAAGCUCUACCCAACAGUGCAGUAAUCAAUAUCAAAAUAGUAUAACUUAUAAAUAAUACAUAUAAAGAAAACCCAAGAAAUAGGACAUUGGUUACACAUAGUUAACGCAUUUAUAGCGCCUUCUACACUAUAAGGCAUUUUUUGACUUAAUAAACCUUAAUUACAGGUUUUGAUUCUGUAAAACACCCUUCUGUAAAGGCUAUCAAUGCAUUUAAAUGCAUUUAACAAAAUCUUGUUACUUAUGAUACAGUGGGGGAAAAAAAGUAUUUAGUCAGCCACCAACUGUGCAAGUGUUCCCACUUAAAAAGAUGAGAGAGGCCUGUAAUUUUCGUCAUAGGUACACGUCAACUAUGACAGACAAAAUGAGGGAAAAAAAUCCAGGAAAUCACAUUAUAGGAUUUUUUAUGAAUUUAUUUGCAAAUUAUGGUGGAAAAUAAGUAUUUGGUCAAUAACAAACGUUUCUCAAUACUUUGUUAUAUACCCUUUGUUGGCAAUGACACAGGUCAAACGUUUUCUGUAAGUCUUCACAAGGUUUUCACACACUGUUGCUGGUAUUUUGGCCCAUUCCUCCAUGCAGAUCUAAUCUAGAGCAGUGAUGUUUUGGGGCUGUCGCUGGGCAACACGGACUUUCAACUCCCUCCAAAGAUGUUCUAUGGGGUUGAGAUCUGGAGACUGGCUAGGCCACUCCAGGACCUUGAAAUGCUUCUUACGAAGCCACUCCUUCGUUGCCCGGGCAGUGUGUUUGGGAUCAUUGUCAUGCUGAAAGACCCAGCCACGUUUCAUCUUCAAUGCCCUUGCUGAUGGAAGGAGGUUUUCACUCAAAAUCUCACGAUACAUGGCCCCAUUCAUUCUUUCCUUUACACGGAUCAGUCGUCCUGGUCCCUUUGCAGAAAAACAGCCCCAAAGCAUGAUGUUUCCACCCCCAUGCAUCACAGUAGGUAUGGUGUUCUUUGGAUGCAACUCAGCAUUCUUUGUCCUCCAAACAUGACGAGUUGAGUUUUUACCAAAAAGUUCUAUUUUGGUUUCAUCUGACCAUAUGACAUUCUCCCAAUCCUCUUCUGGAUCAUCCAAAUGCACUCUAGCAAACUUCAGACGGGCCUGGACAUGUACUGGCUUAAGCAGGGGGACACGUCUCGCACAGCAGGAUUUGAGUCCCUGGUGGCGUAGUGUGUUACUGAUGGUAGGCUUUGUUACUUUGGUCCCAGCUCUCUGCAGGUCAUUCACUAGGUCCCCCCGUGUGGUUCUGGGAUUUUUGCUCACCAUUCUUGUGAUCAUUUUGACCCCACGGGGUGAGAUCUUGCGUGGAGCCCCAGAUCGAGGGAGAUUAUCAGUGUCUUGUAUGUCUUCCUUUUCCUAAUAAUUGCUCCCACAGUUGAUUUCUUCAAACCAAGCUGCUUACCUAUUGCAGAUUCAGUCUUCCCAGCCUGGUGCAGGUCUACAAUUUUGUUUCUGGUGUCCUUUGACAGCUCUUUGGUCUUGGCCAUAGUGGAGUUUGGAGUGUGACUGUUUGAGGUUGUGGACAGGUGUCUUUUAUACUGAUAACAAGUUCAAACAGGUGCCAUUAAUACAGGUAACGAGUGGAGGACAGAGGAGCCUCUUAAAGAAGAAGUUACAGGUCUGUGAGAGCCAGAAAUCUUGCUUGUUUGUAGGUGACCAAAUACUUAUUUUCCACCAUAAUUUGCAAAUAAAUUCAUUAAAAAUCCUACAAUGUGAUUUUCUGGAUAUUUUUUUCUCAAUUUGUCUGUCAUAGUUGACGUGUAUCUAUGAUGAAAAUUACAGGCCUCCCUCAUCUUUUUAAGUGGGAGAACUUGCACAAUUGGUGGCUGACUAAAUACAUUUUUUCCCCACUGUAGGUCAUGACUGCUUUUGUGAUAAAAUCUGAGUUUUUAACGACGACACAUUCCAUCAUUCCUCACGUGUAUUCAUUCAUGCAUAAAACAAUGGUGGAGUUGUAUUAAAUGGUCUUUCUUGUUUCCUCUUUUGCAGGUGAAAUUCAGACAUGGACAUUGAGUACUUGCCUUCAUAUGUGAGUGUUAGGAACCUCUGUCCCCUUUGUCUAUCAAUCUUUCAUCUCGUUAUCUUAGUUUCGUCAGUGUUUCUUCACCCUACCUGUCCUACCGCCUCUUUUUCCUGCACUAUGGAUGACAAUUGUAUGUUUAAAAUUCUUAAAAUUCUCAGUUGUGAAAUGGAAGAGUGUGAAACCUUUAGGAUAAUGCCUGCCAGGCAAAAUGCACAUUUGUCAGUUUCACUCCUCUCCCUCACAGUCCUCAUCUUGUCACUGUUUUACUGAGCUCUCUCUCCCUCCCAUUUCUCACUCCCCCCUCAUCUGUCUCCUUGUCCUCCCACUUAACUUUCUUCACUCUCCCCAUUUCUUCCCCCUCUUCCUUUUUUCCCCCCUUCCAAUGCCUUUUCUCUAUCUUUACCCUACCCCUCUCCCUGUCCAUUUCCCCUAUUGUCGCCCUCCAUCCUCUCCUCCAUUGGCCUUGCCCUUCGUCUCUUCCUCAUUCUUUCACUGGUCCUCUCCUAGAAGAUGUCCUGGGGUACCUUGGGUACUAUAAGGCCCUUCCCUUACUUCCAUGCUAAGAGAGAUGCUCUGGACAUUCAGGCUGCCCUGGAACAGAAAGGUACAGCCUCAGUCAUCAGAACUCAUAAUGAUUCAAGUAUAUGUGCUUCAAUGCUAAUUUUGUUCUACCCUUGGGUAUUAAAAAUUAUUUGCAUUGUUUUAUUUAAUACAUUCUUAACAAGAUAUCGUUUCUGGUCUCAUUACAGAUGCAGUUACUCUGAUAAAAAUCCUGACCAACCGCAACAAUGCUCAAAGACAAAUCAUCGCUCAGACCUUCAAAACCAUCACAGAGAAGGUAACUAGUAACUACAAUACUGGGACCAGGUUACCCACUUCAAAUCCUAACCUCAACCAUUACAGGUAAAAAUUCCAAACUGACCAUAGUUCAGUGUCUGGAGUCAACAUGCCCACUGACUAUGUGUUGUCCCCCUGAUCCAGGAGCUGUCCUCUGGGCUGAAGAAGGCCCUGUCUGGGGAGUUGGAGAAUUUGCUGUUGGCCUUGGUGAUGACCCCACUGCAGUUCGAUGCUUACCGUCUGAGACAAUCCAUGGAGGUGAGGGAUGGUGGGAGAGAGGGGGACAGGAGAAAGAGGGAGGAAGGGAGGGGAUAGAGAGAUACUUUUUAUAUUUCAAAAAUACCUUUAUUGGCCCAAUAAUUUGCAUCACUUUAGUACACUCUUUACUACAUUGUAACAGUACUAAACAGUUAAAACCAAGCCACCCUUCCUCGUCCACUGCACACAGAACCCCAAACCUCUACAAGGUUCCCCAGAUGGUUCAUCAGCCCACAGUAAGCAUGAUCCAGUGUCAGCCGAGCCCGCCCCAGCAGCAUAGCUCUGGGGUCCAUACACCCCACCCCCUGCAUCUCAUGCUUCUUGUUCUUCCACACUGCCAUUUUUGCCUGCCCGAACAGGUAGUUUACUAGGCAGUCCCUUCGCCUCUUAGCCACGCUAAACCUAGGCCCUCCAACAUAUACAGUACCAGUCAAAAGUUUGGACACACCUACUCAUUCAAGGGUUUUCCUUUCUUUUUAUUAUUUUCUACAUUGUAGAAUAAUAGUGAAGACAUCAAAACUAUGAAAUAACACAUAUGGAAUCAUGUAGCCAAAAAAGGGUUAAACAAAUCAAAAUAUAUUUGAGAUUCUUCAAAUAGACACCCUUUGCCUUGAUGACAGCUUUGCACACUUUUGGCAUUCUCUCAACCAUCUUCACCUGGAAUGCUUUUUCAACAGUCUUGAAGGAGUUCCCACAUAUGCUGAGCACUUGUUGGCUGCUUUUCCUUCACUCUGCGGUCUGACUCAUCCCAAACCAUCUCAAUUUGGUUGAGGUCGGGGGAUUGUGGAGGCCAGGUCAUCUGAUGCAGCACUCCAUCACUCUCCUUCUUGGUAAAAUAGCCCUUACACAGCCUGGAGGUGUGUUGGGUCAUUGUCCUGUUGAAAAACAAAUGAUAGUCCCACUAAGCCCAAACCAGAUAGGAUGGCGUAUCGCUGCAGAAUGCUGUGGUAGCCAUGCUGGUUAACUGUGCCUUGAAUUCUAAAUAAAUCACAGUGUCACUAGCAAAGCACUCCCACACCAUAACACCUCCUCCUUCAUGCUUUACGGUGGGAAAUACACAUGCGGAGAUCAUCCGUUCACCCACACCGCGUCUCACAAAGACAUGGCGGUUGGAACCAAAAAUCUCCAAUUUGGACUCCAGACCAAAGGACACAUUUCCACCGGUCUAAUGUCCAUUGCUCGUGUUUCUUGGCCCAAGGAAGUCUCUUCUUAUUAUUGGUGUCCUUUAGUAGUGGUUUCUUUGCAGCAAUUUGAUCCUUAAGGCCUAAUUCACACAGUCUCCUCUGAACAGUUGAUGUUGAGAUGUGUCUGUUACUUGAACUCUGUGAAGUGUUUAUUUGGGCUGCAAUCUGAGGCUGGUAACUCUAAUGAACUUAUCCUCUGCAGCAGAGGUAACUCUGGGUCUUCCAUUCCUGUGGCGGUCCUCAUGAGAGCCAGUUUCAUCAUAGCGCUUGAUGGUUUUUGCGACUGCACUUGAAGAAACUUUCAAAGUUCUUGACAUUUUCCGUAUUGACUGACCUUCAUGUCUUAAAGUAAUGAUGGACUGUCGUUUCUCUUUGCUUAUUUGAGCUGUUCUUUUAACAAGGCACACCUGUUAAUUGAAAUGCAUUCCAGUUGACUACCUCAUGAAGCUGGUUGAGAGAAUGCCAAGAGUGUGCAAAGCUGUCAUCAAGGCAAAGGGUGGCCAAAAAAAAAUAUAUAUAUAUAAUUGUUUAACACUUUUUUGGUUACUACAUGAUUCCAUAUGUGUUGUUUCAUAGUUUUGAUGUCUUCACUAUUAUUCUACUAUGCAGAAAAUAGUAAAAAUAAAGAAAAACCCUGGAAUGAGUAGGUGUCCAAACUUUUGACUGGUACUGUAGGUCCCAUGUCAGCCCCAACCCUAGCCCUGUACACCACCGCCCCCAGGACAGAAAACAGCCCUGUCAGCCUGGAACAAAAGAAAAACAGAUGCUGCACUGUCUCCUCCUCCCCACAGAACAAACACCCCCUCCUCACUGGUGGAUCAAGGUGCGACACAUAUCUGUUUGUGGCGAUAGCCCGUGAAUAAUCCUCCACUGUAGAUCAGCAGUACACUUCUCUAUGGGAGUCUUAUACAGGGAGCGCCAACAUCCUCUCAGAGAAGGGACCGGUUGCAAACCCCCGGCCACCCCGUUGCUCUCAGCCCAUGCAGAUUGUCUUUCUGAUCCACAUUGACAGCCACCAUAUACAAAGCCUGUUUGCUGGUUGUACAAAAGCCCCCCAGCUCCGGAGUCCUGAACAAUAAAAUAAUCUCCUCACCCUGCUGGUGUUCCCCUGCAGCAGCAGCUGGGAAAAAAGGAGGUAGAUGGUAAAAGGAGCUAGAUCAGUGUCAUUCAUGGUUAAACAGCCCAGUCUCUGCCUGUUUCCCAGCAGCUCUCUGAAGGAGCCCGGUAGUGCAGCAUGGAACCCCUCCACCACCUGCUGCAGCAGCCUGGAUUACUUAAUGGAGGAAGCCUCUGUCAUGUCACUGGCAGAUUUCCACUCAGCCUUCUCUCUCAGAUCACCUAACUUAGUGAACCCCGCUCUCACAAGUCUGGCUCGCAAGCUCACAGAAGUCAGCACUCUGGACUGGAUGAGUUGGUUGUGGAAGAGUGGCUCCUCCAUUAUCCAUGCUCCUGGCCAUGAAACAUCUCUGUAAACAGUUAAGAGUCUCGUUCCACGCCCAAAGCACAGUGCGGUAGAACGGAGUAAGGGUUGACAUAUCGGCCUGCUCCAGAUCCAAAAGGAACAAGUGCCUGUCAUAUCCAAGGCCCCUCCCUUCCUUGGAAUAGCCCAUGCUGUGUCUCUCCAGCACACCCCCUGCUGGUUCAAAAGUCUCUGCACAGCUUGUAGGUGGAAAGCUGUGACUCUGGACCCAAUGUCCACCAGCCCUUGUCCCCCUUAUGCAUGUCCAGUGUCGACCAGACCAAAAAAAGGUCCACAAGUAACUUUUGCAGAUGCUUGACGAGACUCUGUGGGGGGUCCAACACCAUCAGCCAGUGCCAGAGCAUUGAAGCGGCCAAGUUGUUAGUGAAAGCACCGUUCCCCUAAAAUACUUCUAAAUAGUUAGUUAAAUAGUUUAACCAAAUAGCUACCCGGACUAUCUGUAUUGACCCUUUUUGCACCUCUUUUGACUCAUCACAUACGCUGUUGCUACUGUUUGUCUACCCUGUUGCCUAGUCACUUUAUCCCAACCUAUACCUCAAUCACCUCAUACCCCUGUACAUCGACUCAGUACUUACCCCGUGUAUAUAGCCAAGUUAUCGUUACUCAUUGUGUAUUUAUUCCUUAUGUUAUUAUUUUUUCUAUUAUUUCUCUAUUUUUCUCUCUGCAUUGUUUGGCCCAUCAGUAAGCAUUUCACUGUUACUCUACACCUGCUGUUUACGAAGCAUGUGACAAAUAACAUUUAAUUUGAUGAUUUUAUUUGAUCAGUGGCAACAACCCCCACCAUUUAGACAACUUAGCAGCAACAUUGUCCACCAGCCCCUCCUAGUUUCUCUCCUGAAAUUCUGAGGUCCCCAAGAACACCCCUAGGAACUUCAUCCCUACUCUGCCCCACUGUAGCCCCCCAGUAAAUCUAGGACAUCCUGCUCUGGCCCAUAUCCCCAUAAUCAACCCUUCACUCUUCUCCCAGUUCAACUCAAACAACAAUAAAGCCAUGCUAACCUCCUCCACAUCUCCCUCCCUCUUGACAAACAGUGUCACAUCAUCAGCAUAAGCCAACACGAACCCCACCUACUGCCCCCAGAACUGACAUCCCCUGCAGCCUCUCCCUCAGCCUACACAGCAGUGGUUAUAUGGCUAGACUGUAGAGCUGACACGAGAGUGGACACACCUGCCUAAUCAAAUAUGCAUGACACACUUUCAAAAGCUUUUUCUUGAUCAAUAGAAAUGAGUCCAAGAUCCUGAUCAUACAUCCUAGUGAUGUCAAUGAGGGAGGGAGGGAGAGCAGGUUCAUGGAACAUUGAGCAGACAUACUGUAAAUGUACAGAUGAGCAACAUACAGUAAUUGAAAUGACAAAGUCAAAUAGCUGUAUUUUUUAUAUACAGGGCAUUGGUACAGAUGAGGAGGGUUUGCUAGAGAUUCUGUGCACCAGGUCACCCAAGGUGCUUGCCAACAUCACCUCUACCUACAAGGAGCGUAAGUUACAACAAUUCAAAGAUAUUAUAAAGACAUCAUUAUCUAAAUUGCUGCAAUCACUUCAUAACAUCACAUUGCAGAAUUGCUCUUUCAUCAAUACAGUUCUACUGUGAUAUGUUCUAAUGAAGUAAUCACCAAAGUAUUCAGAGGCCAAAUAAUGUCCCCAUAACUUAAUGUGGUGUGUGUUUUAGAGUAUAAUAAGGAUCUAGAGACGGACCUGAAGGGUGAGACCAGUGGGGACUUUGCCAAACUCGUCGUGGCCUUACUCAAGGUGAACCUUGUCCCUCUCCCCUCCCUGACAGAAAUCCUCUUCACUAACAUGUUACACUUAUUAGAAGAACCUCUGUAAGAUUGUCCGCUAAAUGACUAAAUUGUACAUGUACAUUUUAAAUAGGCAAACGAUAUAAUUAAAAACGUUUAGAAAUACUGAUCUUGAUCCCAGUCUCUAUUCCUCUACCUCUUCACACUCAAUAGAAGGAAAAGGGAGGAGGUGUGGUGCAAAGAGACACAGAGGUGCGUACAGUAUAAUGCACUAGUGUACUGCACCGUGUAUUUGUGUGUGUGAGUUUGUGUGUUUGUGUCUGUUUAACCUUAUGUGCUUGUGAAUGAGCAGGCUCUCUCUGAAGCUAUCAAUCAGGCAAAGGCAGAUCCUGGACCAUGGAUCACCAUUCUGACGACCAGAGACUCUGAACAUCUUAACCAAGGUGUGUGUGUGUGUGUGUGUGUGUGUGUGUGUGUGUGUGUGUGUGUGUGUGUGUGUGUGUGUGUGUGUGUGUGUGUGUGUGUGUGUGUGUGUGUGUGUGUGUGUGUGUGUGUGUGUGUGUGUGUGUGUGUGUGUGUGUGUGUGUGUGUGUGUGUGUGUGUGUGUGUGUGUGUGUGUGUGUGUGUGUAAUAUAGUUGUGUUGUGUGUGCAGUGUUCGUCAAUUUGGAGAGUGAGAAGCAUGAGCCAGUGGAUGAAGCAAUAGAGAAAGCAUUCAGUGGAGAUGUGAGACUUGGGCUGAAAACACUGGGUAAAACACUGGAAUGUGUGUGCAUGUGUCUGGGUGUGGGUGUGGGUGUGGGUGUGUGUCAUGUGUUUAAUGUGUACCCUCGUAAAACUGACUAUCCUACCGAUCCUUGACUUCGGCGAUGUAAUUUACAAAAUAGCCUCCAACACUCUACUCAGCAAAUUGGAUGUAGUCUAUCACAGUGCCAUCCGUUUUGUCUCCAAAGCCCCAUACACUACCCACCACUGUGACCUGUACGCUCUUGUUGGCUGGUCCUCACUACAUGUUCGUCGUCAAACCCACUGGCUCCAGGCCAUCUAUAAAUCACUGCUAGGCAAAUCCCCGCCUUAUCUUAGCUCAUUGGUCACCAUAGCAGCACCCACCCGUAGUCUACGCUCCAGCAGGUAUAUCUCACUGGUCAUUCCCAAAGCCAACACCUCCUUUGGCCGCCAUUCCUUCCAGUUCUCUGCUGCCAAUGACUGGAACGAAUUGCAAAAAUCUCUGAAGCUGGAGACUCUUAUCUCCCUUAAUAACUUUAAGCAUCAGUUGUCAGAGCACCUUACCGAUCACUGCACCUGUACACAGCCCAUCCGAAAUUAGCCCACCCAACUACCUCAUCCCUAUAUUAUUUAUUUUGCUCUUUUGCACCCCAGUAUCUCUAUUUGCACAUAAUCUCUUGCACAUCUAGCAUUCCAGUGUUAAUACUAUUGUAAUUAUUCUGCACUAUAGCCUAUUUAUUGCCUUACCUCCAUAACUUGCUACAUUUGCACACACUGUAUAUAUAUUUUCUGUUGUAUUUUCUGACUUUAUGUUUUUUUUACCCCAUAUGUAACUCUGUUGUUUUUAUUGCACUACUUUGCUUUAUCUUGGCCAGGUCGCAGUUGUAAAUGAGAACUUGUUCUCAACUGGCUUACCUGGUUAAAUAAAGGUGAAAUAAAAAAAUAAAAAAAAAAAUAAAAAACAUUCAAAUGUUUACAUUUAUCUUACAUCAUAUGCUUACAUCAUUGCUAAUGAAAUGGAUGUCCAGUGAAAACAGUUAUGAGCCCACAAGCAGCAGAGCACAGAGUGCACUGUACAUGCAGUAGAGGUACGGUUGAAGUCGAAAGAUUACAUACACUUAGGUUGGAGUUAUUAAAACUCGUUUUUCAACCACUCCACAAAUUUCUUGUUAGCAAACUAUAGUUUUGGCAAGUCGGUUAGAACAUCUACUUUGUGCAUGACAGAUUAUUUAACUUAUAAUUCACUAUAUCACAAUUCCAGUGGGUCAGACGUUUACAUACAUUAAGUUGACUGUGCCUUUAAACAGCUUGGAAAAUUCCAGAAAAAGCUUCUGAUAGGCUAAUUGACAUCAUUUGAGUCAAUUAGAGGUGUACCUGUUGAUGUAUUUCAAGGCCUACCUUCAAACUUAGAGCCUCUUUGCUUGACAUCAUGGGAAAAUCUAAAUAAAUCAGCCAAGACCUCAGAAAAACAAUUGUAGACCUCCACAAGUCUGGUUCAUCCUUGGGAACAAUUUCAAAACACCUGAAGGUACCACAUUAAUCUGUACAAACAAUAGUACGCAAGUAUAAACACCAUAGGACCACGCAGCAGUCAUACCGCUCAGGAAGGAGACGCGUUCUGUCUCCUAGAGAUGAACGUACUUUGGUGCGAAAAGUGCAAAUCAAUCCCAGAACAACAGCAAAGGACCUUGUGAAGAUGCUGGAGGAAACAGGUACAAAAGUAUCUAUAUCCACAGUAAAACAAGUCCUAUAUCGACAUAACCUGAAAGGCCGCUCAGCAAGGAAGAAGCCACUGCUCCAAAACCGCCAUAAAAAAGCCAGACUACGGUUUGCAACUGCACAUGGGGACAAAGAUUGUACUUUUUGGAGAAAUGUCGUCUGGUCUGAUUAAACAAAAAUAGAACUGUUUGGCCAUAAUGACCAUCGUUAUGUUUGGAGGAUAAAGGGGGUGGCUUGCAAGCCGAAGAACACCAUCCCAAUCGUGAAGCACGGGGGUGGCAGCAUCAUGCUGUGGGGGUGCUUUGCUGCAGGAGGGACUGGUGCACUUCACAAAAUAGAUGGCAUCAUGAGGAAAGAAAAUUAUGUGGAUAUAUUGAAGCAACAUCUCAAGACAUCAGUCAGGAAGUUAAAGCUUGGUCGCAAAUGGGUUUUCCAAAUGGACAAUGACCCCAAGCAUAAUUCCAAAGUUGUGGAAAAAUGGCUUAAGGACAACAAAGUCAAGGUAUUGGAGUGGCCAUCACAAAGCCCUGACCUCAAUCCUAUAGAACAUUUGUGGGCAGAACUGAAAAAGCGUGUGCGAGCAAGGAGGCCUACAAACCUGACUCAGUUACACCAGCUCUGUCAGGAGGAAUGGGCCAAAAUUCACCCAACUUAUUGUGGGAAGCUUGUGGAAAGCUACCUGAAACGUUUGACCCAAGUGAAACAAUUUAAAGGCAAUGCUACCAAAUACUAAUUGAGUGUAUGUAAACUUUUGACCCACUGGGAAUGUGAUGAAAGAAAUAAAAGCUCAAAUAAAUCUUUCUCUCUACUAUUAUUCUGACAUUUCACAUUCUUAAAAUAAAGUGGUGAUCCUAACUGACCUAAGACAGGGAAUUUUUACUAAGAUUAAAUGUCAGGAAUUGUGAAAAACUGAGUUUAAAUGUAUUUGGCUAAGGUGUAUGUAAACUUCCGUCUUCAACUGUAUGUUAAUAUGUGCAUGGACUCACACACAAAGGAUCCCUAACCUUUCUCUCUGAUAACAGUGCGUUGCAUACAGAGCCCAAACCUCUACCUGGCUCAAAGACUCGAGACCAUGAAG